AUGUCUCUCAAGCCUAUCCUUAUCCACGGCCACGCUGGCGGUCCCAACCCCUGGAAGGUCGUUCUGGCUAUGAAGGAGCUUGGCCUUCCUUACGAGCACAAGCUCUGGGACUUCCCUGACCUCAAGAAGCCCGAGUACGAGAAGCUCUGUGUCAACGGAAGAACACCUACCAUUGAGGACCCCAACACCGGCAUCACCCUGUGGGAGUCUGGUGCCAUUGUCGAGUACCUCAUCGAGCAGUACGACAAGGAGAACAAGUUCACAUACACUUCCAGCCCCGAGAAGUACUUGUUGAAGCAAUGGCUUCACUUCCAAGUUUCCGGACAGGGCCCUUACUUCGGCCAGCGCGUCUGGUUCAACAUCUACCACGAGACUAAGAUCGACUCAGCAAUUGAAAGAUACAGCAAGGAGAUCAAGCGUGUGCUCACAGUCUUGGACAAGCAUCUCAAGCAACAGGGCACCGAAUACCUUGUUGGUGACAAGUACACCUACGCCGAUCUGUCGUUCAUCCCUUGGCAGAUGCUCUUGCCCUUCAUUUUCGGAGAGCAGAGCGAUGCUUUCCACGCCGAGGUUGAGAAGGAGCUGCCUCACUACUGGGCUUGGUGGCAGAGAAUCUCGAACCGUCCUGCUACACAAGAGAUGAAGAAGGAGAGAGAGGCCAACUUCCAGAAAUAA